UCUGAAAGUAAAUUCAAAUGAGGAGGAGCGUUUAUUUUUGAGCAUGGAGACAGCUGCUGAAACGCGGGGUGGACUUUCCACCUUGCUCGGCGGGGUUUGGUGCAAUGCGAACCGUGUCAGAUAGUACGGCGGGAACCUCCCUCUCCUCCUAUCGCGACUCGACGGCACAGCAGCGGCUCCAGCGCCGGCCGGCCGGGCUGCCGUCCUCCGACCUCCCGCUCCCAGCAUCGCCGCUCCGCCACUGACUGGUCCCCGCCCCGGCAGCGGCAGGAAGAGGCGGAGGAGGAGGGGGGAGAGCCUGCAUGUGUUUCCCCGUUCGGCGAUGUGAUCAGCGGGGAGGCUCUGGCUCAGGAUCCGCUACGUCAGACAGAUUAGUCAAAUAACCUCUCGGGCCGAGUGGGGUUGAUCCUCCGCCGGCAGCGUCUCCCCAUCUCUCUCGUCUCCACCAUCCUCCCUCCUCCUCUGAUCCGCUGAUCCUCUGCUCUCCUCUCCUCUCCCACCAAGCCCGGUUCGAAAUGGCGAAAGAAAACGGCGAGUCCAGCGACGGGUCUUGGAAAAAGGACGUAGAUGACAUCAAGAACAUCUUUGACUUCAAGGAAGUCCUCGGAACCGGUGCGUUUUCUGAGGUGGUGAUGGCUCGCGAGAAAGCCACGGGAAAGAUGGUGGCCAUCAAGUGCAUCCCCAAGAAGGCGCUCAAGGGGAAGGAAACGAGCAUCGAGAACGAGAUCGCCGUGCUUAGGAAGAUAAAACAUGAGAAUAUUGUGGCUCUGGAGGACAUCUACGAAAGCUCCAAUCACCUGUACCUCAUAAUGCAGCUGGUUUCUGGUGGCGAGCUGUUCGACCGGAUCGUAGAAAAGGGCUUCUACACAGAGAUGGACGCCAGUCGGCUAAUUCGUCAAGUUCUGGAUGCCGUCAACUAUCUCCACUCCAUGGGCAUAGUGCACAGGGACCUGAAGCCCGAGAACCUGCUCUACUUUAGUCCUCACGACGAUUCAAAGAUCAUGAUCAGUGACUUCGGCCUGUCCAAGAUGGAGGGCACAGGUGGCGUCAUGGCCACGGCCUGCGGGACGCCUGGAUAUGUCGCUCCCGAGGUUCUGGCGCAGAAGCCGUACAGUAAAGCGGUGGACUGCUGGUCCAUCGGGGUCAUCGCUUAUAUUCUGCUUUGCGGCUACCCUCCGUUCUACGACGAGAACGACUCAAAGCUUUUCGAGCAGAUUUUGAAGGCAGAUUAUGAGUUUGACGCACCGUAUUGGGACGACAUCUCAGACUCUGCCAAAGACUUCAUCAGCUGCUUAAUGGAGAAGGACCCCGAGAAGAGAUUCACAUGUGACCAGGCUCUUGAGCACCCCUGGAUUGCUGGAGACACUGCUCUGUGCAAGAACAUACAUGAAUCUGUCAGUCGACAAAUGCGCAAAAACUUUGCCAAAAGCAAAUGGAGGCAAGCGUUCAAUGCGACAGCUGUGAUCCGCCACAUGAGGCGUCUGCAGCUCGGCACCAGCUUCGGAAGCAGCAUCCAAAGUGCCAAGCCUGCGCCGGGUCCUCAGAGCCGAGCGCCGGCCAAGAGCCAGUCUGUGGACUGCGCCCCGCUCUCCCUGAAGGACUGUCCUCCUAUCGCUCCUCUUCCAUCCGUCGUCAAAGUGCACAGCCAGGACUCUGACCUUCCCGUGUCACUGGAGGAGCCCCAGGUGGUGGCCGAACCCACCCGGCCGCGCCCCUCCACCGUCACGGUCAUCCACACUGGGACUAAAUGACGCCAGGUUCCGCGGGAGGUGAGCUGGGAGACCACCGAGCUUUGAGACCCCGGUUGAGGGGGUCUCACGAUGCGACACGGUUGCCCAGUUUUUCCAUCCCGCCGCCUCCCGUCUGCUAACGCCAAACCCCGAGGGAGGAAAUUUGAAGAGCCCUGACUCGGCCUCGUUUCGCACGGCGCUGCUUCCCCUUUACGUCUUCACACAGACAUGGAAGUUCAGAUGAAGGAGGGGAGAAAGGGAAGACUCACCUGAAAGCUGCUGCUGCUGUGGAGACGACGGCUUGUCUGGCAGGCGAACAAACAAGCGACUGCUGACGGAGCAACGGGACUAAAGGGAACUCUCUGCUGGAGCUUGACUGUGAAAAGUCGUUCCGCUGUAUGCCUUGUUUAAAUAUCCUGCCUGGAACCGUUCUGUAGAGUCAUGUCAUGCAGGUGAAACGUAUAAAGCUUCAAACUGUGGUUAAUACUUGUGCCAUCAUCUGCACUCUGAACCUGCUGUUGUUCAGGCGGCUCCCGUCCAAUCCGCUGUGGUGUUUUUGCAGUGACGGCUCACGGCGUCAUGACUUCCAACAGCAUGGCUGUCAGUGUUGUGUCUUUGCUUUAUUUUAUUUUUUUAAGUUAACAAACAAAGCAGGACAAUCUGCAUCGGUCAUGGCUGUGAUUCCAGAGAGAGAGUGCAAACGAUUGAUUAUCUAUUGGGAAUAUUUAUUUUCCUAUAUUACAUAUAAUGACUUUUUGUAAGAAUAUAAUUUGCUGAGACGUGUAAAUGUUUAUUAAAACUGGACUUGCAGUUAUUGCCACAUAAAUACAAUAUCUACUAGAUGUGACUUUGUAAUUGCUGUUUUAUUUAACGAGUUUCGAUGUGACUGUAAUGUCCUCCUUCAUCCACAGGAGGGCGUUCUAUGAGUUCUCAGGGAUCUACAGGGAUGUGUGCUUGAAUCUAACCAAACGCCUCUGUGUGAUCAAUCACAACUGACUCAUCCGACUUACUGAAAGACAUUU